AAGGAGCAGGCACCAGGCGAGUGCUUGGACGCAGUGCAAGGAGGGAGUGGGACCUCUGCCUUCUCCUCCUUUUCCUCCUCUUCUCUGCAACCACUCGUGCGAUCCUUCUCUCUCUCUCGUACGUGCCACGACCUGAUUCCAAGCCAUCGGUUCACUUCUCCGUGGACUGAUCAUUCCCCUCGUCUCGGGCGCGGCGAGGAAGAGAGACAAAGAUCUACGGAGAUUGUGUGUGUUUCUCUGUCACUCCCAGCAGACCUUCUGCGAUUAUAACGACGACGACAGUAUCGAACUGACAAGAAAAACCCCAAGAGAUCACUUGGAAGUUCAGUUUCGGUCCCCUGCCCCGUCCCUCUUCUUCUUCUCCUUCCAUUGCCUCUUUCAUCGAGCUCCGCCACAGAAACAGGGAGGAAGGCCGGAGGCAUCUUUGAUGUCAACACGACGAAAGCCCCUCCGCCACGUUCCUGUCGUCUCCCUGGGCUGCAACUGCCGACGGGCAAAGGUCGCCGGCCUUACCACCAAGCUGCUCAAGCCCCGACACCCUUCCGCCGCCCCGCCGCGACCGUCCUCCUCCACCUCGAGCUCGCGGGAACGGUUCUUCUCCAGCGACGAUGUCUCCAGCAGCACCGCUCCGUCGUCCUCGUCGACAAAGACCAGCCGAACGGUCUCCGGCUGCAGGCCGGACUCCCGCGCCCUUCCGCGGAGCCUAGGCGGCGGCGUCGCAGUCGUCAAGACCUCCGACGACCCGUAUCUCGACUUCCGCAAUUCGAUUCUCCAGAUGAUCAUCGAGAACGAGAUCUACGGCCGAGACGGCCUCUACGAGCUCCUCCGUUGCCUCCUCUCGCUCAACUCCGCCUACCACCGUGACGUCAUCCUCCGGGCCUUCGCCGACGUCGUGGACGGGUUCUUCCCCUGAAAACGGGAGCAGAUUUUCGUUUUACGCCAAGCACCAUGUUGUUUGAGAGAAUGACCGAAACGACCUCGCAUUUUCAUGCGCUCACAGAAUUGCCUUAGCGUGAGUGAAAUCGAGGUGGUUCCCGUCAUUUUGCUCAAAAGGGUCUUGUCUUUCUUUUCUUGUCUUUGUUCUAUAAAGAGUUAUUUCUUGUAACAUCUACCAAAGCUCAGCUAACUAAUGUCGAAAUGUGGUUGUGUUUA